CUAUUGCCUAUAGUGAAACGUUUUGUGUUAUCGGUUAUAGGUAAUGAAUUGAAUGUUGAAUGAAAUGUAAUGAAAUGAUUGAUAUUUUCAUUUUCAGAAAUCGGAAUUCGGAUUCGCGAGUCGAGUAUAAAUUUCGUAUUUCGCUCUACGAAUCGUAUUCGUAGCUACAUUUAUAGCCGUAGUACAUAUUAUCCAUCAGUGAUACGUAUGUUUAGUGAAAAAGUACGCGGUACGCGCUAUGCGAUGUGAUAAAAGUCAUUUGCAUCUUUCGUAGUUGCAUUUUUUUAAUGUUUACCCAUACACCCGUAGUUCGUGUCCACCAAGUAGAUAUUAUACGAGUAGAAUUAGUUUUAAUUUUCAAUUAUUCGUCGCUCGUUAUCAUGGAUGCGUGUCGCCGAAACGCAAGCUAUAACGAAUCGUGUGCCGAUUUUGACUUGGCCAAAAGCAGCAUUUUGUAUUUGUAGUAACUCUAGUAAUAAUAAUAAUACUGAUAGUAAUCGUCGAUAAUGAUGAUAAUAAUUCACGCUACGGCUGCGGCUGUGCCCGAGUAAAUGAACGAUCAUCUCUACUUGGUGGUGAUCCGUUUCCUUCGUACAUUUGUUAUUCGAUAAGUGCCUAAUUGACGCGCGAGUGUGCACGAUAAUAUGAUUCUCGAGUCGCAAUAUUAUGGAGAAGGAUAAGCAAAGAAAUCAGAAAACCAAGAGAAGGGAGAGAGCUCAACGUAUGCAAGCGGAAAAACGUCAGACUCUGAACAAAAGCAAAGAUUGCGAUAGCGCCGAAGAUGAACCUACGAAAGAGAAACCCAAACGACCGCCGCCACCUAAUCGAAGAAAGAAAAUCAAUAACAAUAACAACAACAAUACCAAUAAUCAUCACCAUCACCAUAAUCACCAUCAUCAUCAUCAUCACAACAGUAACACCAAAAAUAAUAACAGUAGCGGUCAAGUUAAUCAUAAGAACGAUUCCAUUAGCAAUAGCUUCGUCAUCACCGAUACCAACGACCAUAUCGAUAGCAAAGAAAGCUUAUACGAGGAAGAUAUUAUCGACGGUUUCGCCAUAUUUUCCUUCACAACUUACGACGAUUUAGAGAAUUCGCUAAAACAAUUGGAAUGUGGACAAAUAACGCUGGGAAUUUCUACGGAUGGAAUCAAGUUGCCGUCUAGAUCGCCGUCGUCCGUGCAACCGCCAACGCCUACGCCUGUGCUUAACAAUCACGUCUCUAAAUCGGUUCCAUCGUCGCCUGUUCAGUCAUCUCAACAAAUUCGUAAUAAUGGUAUCGGUUCGCCGGUCUCGGACAACGUUAAAAAGAAUUCAAUUCAAUCGCAUAAGUUGGGAAUUUCCGAAGCAUCGACAAACAGAUGUAGAACUCCGGUGUCUGCGACACCGACCACGAUUACCGAUUCGAGUGCGGAUAAUGUAACAACUAGCAGAAAUGCGGAUAAACCGAUAGUACGACAAACGUCGUCGCCGUUGGCGUUGCCGUUACGCGAUCAAAGAGCCAGUUCGCACGAUCGAUUAAGCGAUAUAAGCAGUCGAUGUAGUUCUGGGAAAGGAUAUAUGUGCGAUAGCGAAGGAGAUGAAGCGGACGACGAUAAGGGUUCCGAUGCCGAAUGUACGCUAUUUCCGUCACCGCCGUCAUCGUCAUCGUCUCCGUCGUCUUGUAAAAGAGGAGAGUUACCAAGACCGGCAAUAGCUAGUAAUUCGCUGAAUGGAAACGCCGCCUCCGCCACCGCGGCCAUCGUGGCCGACGACUCCAACGAAACGCGAUCGCCGAGUAAACCUCAAAUCAGGGUAGUUACGCCGCCGAUGAAAUUUUCACCCAAAGCGGCACAACAACAGCAACCGCAACAACAACUGCAACCAGUCGGUCAUGCGUUAGCGGUAUCGAAUCCGCUGUUGUAUCCACCGCCGCCAUCGCCGGCAUUGUCUUCGCUUCACAAAUCUUUUAACAGCGGUCCGCUAUCCGGCGUCGGUGUCGGCCUCGAACAAAAUCUCGGUGGCGUACCUUCGCCGCAUCACUAUAGCAAUGCCAUGCCGCAUCACGGCCACGGGACGCCAUCGCGGUCGCCGCAUCAGUUUCCUUAUCCUGCGGUUAUCAAUGGCGGUCUGAUAUCGGCUGCUGCGCCGCCGCCCGUGUCGCAGGCGCAUCCGGCCGUUAGCAGCGAUGGUACGGCGAGUCCGGCGGCGAAUCACGCUGGUCUGCAUGUUGCGCAACAUUCGCUUUACGCGGCUCACGGACCAACUCAGCAUCUGAUAGGUACGAGUAAUAUGCCGCCAAUGGCAGCCACAGCGGCGACGACCAUAGCCCAGGCGGCUGCGUCGCCGUUGCCCUCCACGAUGGCUGGUAGUACGUUGCCAACUUCCACGUCGUCGUCGUAUGCUACGCCACCGCAAAUGUGUCCGUUGCAGCUAAGCGUACCUGCCGGAUAUUCGCCGCAACCUCCAAAUGCUCAUUCUACCAACGCCUACCCGUCACCUUCACCGUACGCGUCGCAUUCUUCUCAAACAUCAUCCGCGUCGCUGAUCCCCUACUCAACUGCGACACACGCUUCGAUGCCGCCGACAUCGUCUCAAGCGACUGUCGCAUAUUCGUCUCAUUCCGUCGGUUUGCAACACCACCAGCAGCACCACCAUCACCACCACCAUCAUCAUCAGCAGCGACAGCCACAGCAGCAGCAGCAAACAGCGCUGAGCGCAGCCGCAGCCACGCCGCCGGUCUCCAAUUCGCAUUCGCACCUACAUUCGUUGCCAGCGCCGCCAUCGUCGUCUUCAUCGUCUCAUCUCGUUGCGUCUCAUUCGCAGCGUUCGUCGCCGUCAUCGCAUCACGCGUCUGCUUCAGCUUCCGCCGCUUCCGUCUCCGUCAAUUCGGCGAUGCAGACGCAGCCUCCUUCGUCUCAUUUAGCUUCUCAAAUCUCGUCGCAGAUACCGCCAACGUAUUCCGGCCAUCCGUACCGAAUUGCGGCAACCAAUGAAGGCGCCGGCGGUACCGUCGUUGUAGCCGCUCCUAGUAGUUUCGCUACGCCAGCGCUUCACAUCACUACUUCUACUGCCAGUAAUCUCUCGUCGCUGUACGCGCCGUACAGUAAUACUCCGUAUUUGUCUUCUCAUUCUAGAACCAGUCGUUCGCCUUUACCUGUGAUAUCCGCCAAUGCCAAAUCUAGCGCCGCGAGUAACACGAGUGCUUCCAUCGGUACGUCAGGUGUGAGCAUGUGCGUAGCAUCAGCAACUCCUACUGCCAUUACAACGACAUCUGUCACCACUAGUCAUCGUGAUAGCGCCAGCACUCCUACUGUCAAUCGAACUCAUUCUCCUCUCGGACAUAGUCCAACCAGAGAACGUGAUAGUUACAGCAGCAACGUUAGCUCUCUGAGUAGAGGAAGUGUACAAACGCCGAUAAGUAAUUCAUCGCCAUUUGGAAUUGCAUCUGUGCCUGUACCGGUGCCUAUACCUGUGCCAACGCCGUCAGCGCACCCAUCAGCCAUACCAAUAUCAAUACCAGUUCCUCCUUCCGUAGCAGUUUCUUCUAGUCUAAAUCUCAGCAGUAAACCCUCAUUAUGGGGUCCAGUUGGAAACAGUCCAGCGAGCAGUUCUGCGGCGGUUGCCGCCAACGCCAGCGCCACUCUACCAACCAGUUUAGCGAGAUCGCCGUAUUCGUUUGCGCCACCGUUGUUUACCGCGUCCACGGCUACGUCUACGGCGCAUCCGAAUGCGGUGGUAGUGACGACUUCUCCUGCCGCUGUAUCGUCGUUGCAUCCCGCUUCGAGUCAUCCGCCAACGGCGAAUCCCUUUUCAGCCGAAUCUCUCUUUCAAUCUAAUGAAGCGGAUCUAUUGCGCCGAGAACUGGAUUCCAGAUUUUUGGCCACCCAAGAGCGUUCGCUGGUGGCGGCCGGAGCUGGUCCUCCGCCGUACUUGAGGACGGAAAUGCAUCACCAUCAGCAUCAGCAUACGCACGUUCACCAGCAUACGGCGUCGUUGUUACCUCCUCCGCCGACUGCCGCCUUGUAUCCUCCUCCGUUGUUCAAAGAUGCUAUUCCUAAAUUAGGUGGCGUUGACUCGCCCUUCUACCGGCAGACCUUGGGUAUUGCCAACUAUCCGGGGUAUCCGUCCAGCUUGCUGCACUCUACGUUGAGCGCUGCUACUCCUUUCGCGCCUCCUACUCAUCUGCCAACGUUUACACCCAAACAAGUGGUGGACCCGUCAAAGCCGAAACCUUUGAAAACUGGCAAAUGGAACGCGAUGCACGUACGUAUCGCGUGGGAAAUCUACCAUCACCAGCAGCAAAAGCAACCGACAACGGCCGACAUUAAGCCUAGUAAAAACGAGCUGUUGAACCGAACGCCCAGUCAUCUAUUCCAAGCGACUCCGCGAGCCGAUUUAUCGUCGUACGCCCCUCCUCAUCGACCUCACGGCACUGCUUUCGAGGCUCAUGCUCCACAUCCGGCAUCCAGCCCUUACACCGCUUUAGGUAACAGCGUAUUUUCAAGAUAUCAACCAGCGCCGUUUCCAUCGCUUGCUCAGUAUCCGGCACCGUUGCAUGAUCCUUGGGCCAGAUUGCAAACUAGAACGAUACCGAAUUUAGGAGGUGCCGCGUACCCGUCGCCUAUACCGCCUCCAGCGUGGACCAUUAAACCGGAGCCGAACGACGCGACCGAAAGAGAAAGAGAACGAGAGAGGGAAAGAGAACGAGAACGUGAACGUGAUCGCGAACGUGAACGUGAACGCGAAAGAGAACGUGAGCGUGAACGCGAACGCGAGCGUGAAAAAGAAAAAGAACGUAGUAAAGAACGCGAUCGUAUGAAACGCGAAGAAAAACAUAGAAGACUGAUAGCUCAGCAACAGCAACAGCAGCAGCAGCAGCAACAACAACAGCAUCAACAGCAGCAGCAACAACAACACCAACAGCAGCAGCAGCAACAACAACAGCAACAGCAGCAGCAACUACAACAACUGCAGCACCUCCACCAUCAGCAACAGCAGCAACAACACCAACAACAACAACUCCAUCAUCAUCACCAUCACCACCAAGCAGCGCAGAUUAGCCAUCAUCAAGCGGUGGCGGCGGCAGCGGCUGCGGCUCAGUCCAAAAACGUUCUACGCGAAAGAUCACCGCUGAGGGACGCGGCAUCGACGAUCGCUCAAAAAGAAGAAGAAAUGUUGAUGAUGGGACGGGCACCGUUGGCGUAUUUACCUAGGCAUACCGGCAGAUCUCUACCACCGCCUCCUCAAUUCACGCCGUGGGAUCAUUACAGGUUUGAUCCGUUGAGGUAUAAUCCGCUGAUGGCGGCAUUCCGCGAAGACGAAGAGCAGCGAGCCAAGUUAUUCGCGGCCGCGUACCCGUCCGCAGCGCCGCCUCCUCCGACGCACAUGAGGAAAGAAGCGGCGGCCGCCGCCGGUUCGCUUCAUGUGAGAACAGAUUUGCAUUUGAAAAAAGACGAUUCCUCGCAGUCUCGGUGAUGAUCUCGAUUUUAUACGCUAAACGACUCCUUCUUCUUAUUACUCGCAAUUAUCUACGUAUUUGCCUUUUCCGCCUUUCCCUUCCUUCCUUCCUUACUUUUUGUUCCAUCGUCAUUUUAAUUUGUACGUAUACCUAUGUCUAUACCUAUCUAAAAUUAAUUAGGUCUACCGUCUUUCAAUUUUGUUCGACUUUUUUUGGUUUCGUAUGUUCGCGUAGAUAGGUUGGUAGGUAAGUAAGGUUAGUAGGUAGUUAGAUCUCUACGUCUGUGGAGGUAUGUUUGUACAAUUUAUUUGGUCGAAACAAAUUUCUCUCAGAUCAGCGAACAAAACUUGGCUCCACGAAGAAGAAUAAUGUUUCAGACUCGUUCAAAAGGUGAUUCUCGACUCAUUUUGAUUUCUCAUCUACUUAGAUACUCGUCGUAGUUAAAAAUACGUAUUUUUUCUUCGCUUCGUGAACCUUAUUUUUCUCUGCGGGCCGGUUUAGCUUCUCGUAACGAUGCGACGAAUUUUACGCUGUUUUCAACGAGCUACAAGCACGAGUAUGUAGGCAGGUGGAUGUACUGUGUACUGAUGAAAGGACAGUUGUCAUGGUAGACGAUAAAACUGCUCAGCGUUCGUUGAGAAGAAGUAUAUGACCGUAGCUGAUUUGCGAUUUCUACUCCUCAUUCGUUUAAUCGUACGAAAAUUUAUCCAUUUUGCCAAUUGGUGCAAAGAAACCAACCAACUUGGCCGUGAUCCCUAAGCGUCGGGCAAUUUUAUCUUUUCGCCUAUUCUCCUACUCUCCUAUUCGCUUAGUUUUAGAUUAUUUUCAAAUUGACGAAGAGCAUGUCUAUUUUCUCGACAUUUUAAGCGCUUGGUUUGUUAUUUCGAGACUGGUUUCCAGAAGGGUCGCGUUCCCUACAUAUUUGUAUUCAUUUCCACGACUACCAUAGACCAUAAAUAAUUGCUCGGCAUUUUUGCUGCUAUACAUAAAUGUGCGUUUGGUCUUAGACUGAAAAAAAAAAAAAAUAUGAGAAAAUAGCGAGACGAUUUUAGAUUGUAUAAUUUUUAUUAAGUAUUUAUUCUUAUCUAUGUAAUUGAAUCUGUGAUAGUUUUUUCUUUUUUUUCUUUCUUUUUUUUCCUUUUUUUUUUAGAAUAACUUGUUUUUGUUCUCUUAUUAUUUUUUUUACAUAGGUACGUACCCAUUUUUGAGGUAUGUAUCCGUACGUCAUAGAUAUUAUUUUUUUUAAAACGUUUUUACGACCAAUAAUUUUACAGAAGUAUCGCAACGAAACAACACGACUUCUUUUCUUUCUUUCUUUUUGUUUUGUUUUUUUGCGUGUACCUAUGUGUGUAUGCGUUUUUUUUAUUUAUUUAUUUGGUGGGCGGCACAUACGUUUAAUCUGUCCCAGAACUGAAAUUAAUCCAUAGAAAAAACUGCUUCGUUAGUUAGUAUAGUCAAUUACGAAAAGAUGUUCGCUGCAUUAUAGGUAUUUAAUAAUAUGGGUUUGUGAAUGUACAUGUAAAUACGAGUACAUACGUACAUAUUUAAGUAUAGAUUUUUUUUUUCAUGUUUCAAUCGCUUGUAAAUUUUUGUAUAAGUUGAGGUUCCUUUAUAGUGGCUAUAGAAAAGUUCUGCAGAAAAGUUAAAUGCGUAGAUUCAAAUGGAUGGGAUUUUUCUAAGUAAAAGUUUAAAUAUUUCAACUUUUACACGGACUGAUGAACAAAAUACGAGUUUGAAAUUAAGAACUUUUUAUUAAAGCGAAUGAUCAUCAGAAUUUAUAAGAAAUGUCUUUAAUAUUGAUUUUGAAAAAUUCCUGGUUUUUUUCUAUAGAAAUUGUCUAUAAUAAUUGCCACUUUAAAGAAACCUUUAGCGUUUUUUUUUUAUUUACCUAUUUGAGAGUUUUUUUUGUUAAAAAUGUUGUUGUACUUUCUUGUAUCUACUUUUGUAUAAUAAUCGACUGUAUUAUAAUGAAGCGUAUGGAGUGCAUACCUAAAACAAAACGAAUAAACAGUGAACUCGAAAUUAUAUAUCGAGGUGUAAUUGUAAUCGAGUGCAAUAAAUUGCAUUUCAAAUCUA